CACAUGUGCGCGCCGUCACUGUCUCUCCGCUACUGAGCCCCGCGCCCGUUUAGCUCCGCACACUGCUCCGUGAGGGCACACGGCUCCUUCUCGCUGUCGGUGGGUGGAGGAGCCCCUGACGCUGCAGGAGCCGGGCGGAGGAGGGCUCGGGCCUGGCUGCGCAGCGCUGCUGUCGCUGAGUAUCGGGCGUCGCCCGCGGAGAGCGGCGCGGAUCCUCCCAGCGCUCCCCGCAUCCCGCAUCCCGCAUCCCUCGGCUGCGGUGGCCGGAGCAGAACGGCAGGCGCAGGACCGGCGCGCCCCGGUGUCAGCCAUGUUUGGAUACUUUCAGUAGGACAAACAUUCAGAAACAGAGAAGUCCUUACCUUUGAUUCCCUGCUAUCAAGGACUCAGGCAGCACCUUUAUUCUAUUUCUUCAAAAUUUUUUGCCCAGCAGAGGGAGAUCUUUCUUCAGCGCUUCUCCAUCUGUCCCAGCUGAACUUUGCUCCUGUAUUUUUCUCCUAUUACAAAUGCCUAAAAACAGCAAGGUAGUGAAAAGAGACCUAGAUGAUGAGGUCAUUGAGUCAGUUAAGGACCUUCUCUCUAAUGAAGACUCUUCAGAUGAAGCCUUUAAGAAGAGUGAGCUGAUGGUUGGUGAUCAGGAGGAAAAAGAUGUGGAUGCUGAAGAAGGCUCAGAUGUGGAAGAUGAAAGACCUGCUUGGAAUAGCAAACUCCAAUAUAUUCUGGCACAAGUUGGAUUUUCUGUAGGAUUAGGGAAUGUAUGGCGAUUCCCAUAUCUGUGUCAAAAAAAUGGUGGAGGUGCCUAUCUUGUGCCAUACUUAAUCUUGCUACUGAUCAUAGGGAUUCCACUCUUUUUCUUGGAGCUUUCUGUGGGACAGAGAAUCCGCCGAGGGAGUAUUGGUGUAUGGAAUUAUAUCAGCCCUAAACUUGGAGGAAUUGGGUUUGCAAGCUGUGUAGUAUGCUUCUUUGUGGCUCUGUACUACAAUGUCAUUAUCGGAUGGAGUCUGUUUUACUUUUCCCAGUCUUUUCAGCAUCCAUUACCAUGGGACCAGUGUCCUCUUGUUAAAAAUGCAUCCCAUACAUUUGUGGAACCAGAGUGUGAAAAAAGUUCUGCGACAACCUAUUACUGGUACAGAGAAGCACUGAAUAUUUCCAGCUCUCUGUCAGAGAGUGGGGGUUUAAACUGGAAGAUGACUAUCUGCCUGCUGGCGGCCUGGGUCAUGGUAUGCUUAGCCAUGAUCAAAGGCAUUCAGUCUUCUGGCAAAAUCAUGUACUUUAGUUCCCUUUUUCCUUAUGUGGUACUCUUGUGCUUUCUGGUCAGAGGACUGCUCCUUAACGGAUCAUGGGAUGGAAUUAGACACAUGUUCACACCAAAGCUUGAAAUAAUGCUGGAGCCCAAGGUCUGGAGAGAAGCUGCUACUCAGGUGUUCUUUGCCUUAGGGCUUGGAUUUGGUGGAGUCAUUGCCUUUUCAAGCUACAACAAGAGAGACAACAACUGCCAUUUUGAUGCUGUACUGGUGUCCUUCAUCAAUUUUUUCACUUCUGUGCUGGCAACCUUGGUGGUGUUUGCAGUUCUGGGCUUCAAAGCCAAUAUCAUAAAUGAGAAAUGUGUUAUCCAAAAUUCAGAGAAGAUCUUAACACUUUUGAAAGCUGGAAAUCUGAGCCAAGAUAUGAUUCCACAUCAUAUAAAUUUCUCAAGCAUUACAGCAGAAGAUUACAAUUUAGUUUAUGACAUUAUUCAGAAAGUUAAAGAAGAAGAGUUUCAUUCUCUUGGUUUGAAAUCUUGUCAAAUUGAAGAUGAGCUUGACAAGGCCGUUCAAGGAACUGGUUUAGCUUUUAUUGCCUUUACAGAAGCAAUGACCCACUUUCCUGCUUCUCCUUUCUGGUCGGUCAUGUUCUUCCUUAUGUUGGUAAAUUUGGGACUUGGAAGUAUGUUUGGAACCAUUGAAGGCAUCAUCACACCCAUUGUUGAUACUUUCAAAAUUAGGAAAGAAAUUCUUACUGUCAUCUGCUGCUUGGUAGCAUUUUUUAUUGGCCUGGUCUUUGUACAGCGCUCUGGAAAUUAUUUUGUCACGAUGUUUGAUGACUACUCAGCUACUCUGCCCCUGCUUAUUGUGGUCAUUUUGGAGAACAUUGCAGUUACCCGAAUUUAUGGAAUAGAAAAGUUCAUGGAGGAUCUGAAAGAUAUGCUUGGAUUUUCUCCAAGCCAGUAUUAUUACUACAUGUGGAAGUAUGUUUCACCUUUAGUACUGUUAUGUUUGCUGGUAGCUAGUAUUGUCCAAAUGGGAUUAAGUCCUCCUGGCUACAAUGCAUGGAUUGAAGAUACGGCUACAGAAGAGUUCCACAGCUAUCCAACAUGGGGAAUGAUUGUCUGUAUAUCUCUGAUUGUAUUAGCCAUACUGCCAGUCCCGAUAGUCUUAAUAGUGCGCUGCUGCAACCUUAUUGAUGACAGCUCUGGUAGCUUGGCAUCUGUAUCCUACAAAAGAGGCCGGAUAAUAAAGGAGCCUGUUAAUCUGGAGGGAGAUAAUACAAGUCUAAUUCAUGGGAAGAGUCCAAGUGAAGUGCCAUCUCCAAAUUUUGGGAAAAACAUAUAUCGAAAACAGACUGGAUCACCAACUCUGGACACUGCUCCAAAUGGACGCUAUGGUAUCGGAUACUUAAUGGCAGAUAUGCCUGAUAUGCCAGAAUCUGACUUGUAAUUGCAGAAAAAAGAAAGUUCUCUGUUUGUUUCUCCUCUGAUCAUGGCUCCCCUAGGAGAGGCAGUCAUAUUCACAUACUAAGGUACAAUCUCAGGUGCUCCAUAGUGACAGUCUUCAAGUCAAUGUUAUGACUGUCUGUACAGGCUGAGAAAACUCCCUUUGGAUUAAUUCUCUGAGUUUCAUUUGCACUGAAAAUAAUAAAUGGAAAAUCAGUGGCAGCCUACUUCUGCCAGUGUAGCUGAGAAUUGUUGUUUUUUUGUUUUGUUUUUUUUCUCUGUUUGGUUUUUGUUUGUUUUUUUUUAAAUUAAUUUCCAAUUUUAAAGCUUUCUAUCACUGAAGCCCAGGUCCCACUCAAAUAAUGUAAUAUUUCUGAGGUAAUAUCACUGAAAAUAUAUAUUUUUUUCUGCUUCCAGAUUAACACCCCAGUAUUAAAAGUGAGCUCUGAAGAAGUUCACCAAACUUAUGUUUGUGUACACAUUUGUAUAUACCUUAUGUAGAUAUGCUGUACUUAUUUUGUUAGCAAUGAUAAUUACCUAGGCUAUUAGCUGAGUAAAAAACCUGCAAACUAUUUUCUUAUGUAAUAUCUGUAUAGAGCAAUAGUAUUAGAAAAAUCAAGGAGUAGACUUAUGGGAAGGCAAGAAAAGAUUCCCUGUUCACUGGGGACUGCAUAAACUGUAUUUGCAUACGAGGGCUGUUAAGAAAGCAAUGCCUCCUAUUCUAUUAUAUUGGCCUAUGACAUCAGAAGUAGAUGUUGGUGGUAUGGCUGUAGUGGUUGAACCUUCCCACCAGUAAUCCAUUACAUUUUGUUACCAUAUGACAGAUAGCUGCUGAGGGGCAGUCUAACAAUGACAUCUGAUGUGGAAGUGCAUAUGAAGUGAAGGUGUGUCACUGAAGUCCUUCAUGGGAAAAAAAAAAAUAAAAAUGGCUUGUAUUGACCUUCAUCAGAGCUUGCUGAACAUUUAUGGAGACCAAACAAUGGAUAUAAGGAUAUGAGCACACUGAGGAUGUGGGUGGUGUGUUUCAGGAAUGGUGACAGUGACGUGAAAGGCAAGCCAGGUUCUGGAUGGCCAUGCACAAAUGUCAUAUCACAAAAAGAAGAGAGUAGAUUACAACUAGGGAACUGCGUAUGGAACUGAAUAUUAGCUCUAAUGUGCUGGAAACGAUGGCAGCAAUAUUGAAAUAUCACAAAGUUUUUACCAGAUAAGUCCCACAAAUGGUCACAGCAGAAAAAUAAAAAAACAACAACAAAAAAACCAACCCCCUCCAAAAACACUGUAUUUAAAUUUGUCAGGACCAAGGCUGAAGGUGACAGUGUCUUGGAUCACAUCACUACUGGUGAUAAAAUGUGGAAUUGCUACUAUAAGCUGGAGUCAAAGCAGCAGUCUAUGGAACAGUGACAUAUAGCUUCAUCAAAGAGAAAGUUUAAGACACAGCCUUCAACAGGUUAAGUGAUGUGCACUGUCUUUUCCGAUGGGAAAACAGUGAUCCUUUUGGAAUUCCUGGAACCCAGACAAACUGUAAAUCCUGACCACUACAUAAUGACUCUGACUAAGCUGAAGUUUGCUUCCAAGGUCAGGACAGGAGAAGUUAACCUUUCUCUUGUAACGCAAUAAUGCCAGGCCCCACAACAUUUUGAAUACCACAGAGCACAUUGCCAGUGUUGAAUGGACCAUUCUACCAUACUCACUGCAUAGUCCAGAUUUGGUGCCUUCUGACUUCCAUCUUUUUAGGCUGAUGAAAUGGGGACUGUAUGGGCAACAGUUUCCUAGAAAUGAUGAUCACAGCAGCUGUGAAACAGUAAGCCAUCUUCAUUGGUACAGAUUUUAACAAGCGUGGUACACAGGCUCUUGUUCAUCACUGGUGAAAAUGCAUAGCUAACAUUGGUGACUAUGUUCAAAAACAGUGUUCUGUAGCUCAGAAUUUGCGCUGUCAAUCAGAUAGAGUUCUCUUUGCAUCUGUUGUUGUUUCUGUGGAAAUAAAUAGGAGGCAUUACUUUCAGAGCAACCUACGUAUUUUGUGUAAAAUAUUUGUUUUUUCAGUGUGAAAACAAUGUAAGAGUGAGUCACUCCAAGAAUCUUAAGGAUUGUGCAGAUUCUGCAUUUUUUUCUAUACUGUGUGCCUAAAAAAGACCUUGAUAUUUAUUGUGGUUAUGAGAUUACAUAUAUAUUAUAUUUAUAUAAUAUACUUGUAAAUAUGUAUAUUACUCUGUAUGUAAUCAAAAGUUGAAGCAAGAUGGCUUUUUUAAUUAGUCUUCUUCUGUUCUUGCUUGUUUUAUGCCAAUAAUUUUUUUCAGUCAGUAAUUGCUAAGAACUGUAUGCCACUACAUUUUAACCUAUGAAUAAAGAAAUUGACAAGGUA